AAGAUACCCGCGCACGUGGGCUUUCAUGUAUAAAGCAACACCUGCUGCGCAAUGUCCAUUCCCGCCCAUAUACCACCGUCACACAUACUACUCAUCUCAUUCUUUUUUCAGAUUUCCUCCUUUCAACAUCUUCAUCAAACCAUGGCAUUAUAUUCCCGUCAUCCACGUUUCACGAUAGCUUUACUUGUCUUAAUUUUCAUUUUCGUUCUUUUAUUUGCCAACUCGGGAUCGCCAGACAUGUUGGAGCGCCCAUAUCCCGUGGCUUUGAGCAAGACAACAUCUCUACCGCCAGGCUUCUUUGUUCAGGAACAACUGAAGUUAAAUGAGGCGCACUAUCAGGACAUGCUUGAACAACGGCAAGGUCUGAUCGCAAAGUGGGGGCCGACAGCAGAAAAGGUCGAUCCUUUCCCAUCGAACGGCGAAUUCUACACACUUUGGGAUUUCUUCCUACCGUCUUUCAGAUGUCCACACAAAGUUGAACGUGUUGGUAUCAUGGGUGACGGGGGCAAAUGGACUUGCGGAUUGGAACGUGUCAUUCCAAAGAAGAACUGUGUCAUGUAUUCUUUUGGCAUUAAUGGCGAAUCAUCUUAUGAAGCUGAAAUUAUGGAGCGGGCCAAAGGAUGCCAGCUCUAUGGAUAUGAUUUCAGUGUAUACAGCUUUGGGCCUGAGAUUGAACACGUUCCCUCCAUCAAAGCCCGCUCGCAUUUCUACUCGUAUGCACUAGGGCCUAAAGAUGCCUAUGCAACCGAAGACUUCCCAAAGACUUACAGCCUCCGCACACUCAUGGAGAAAAAUGGUCACGACUUUAUCGACAUUCUCAAAGUCGAUAUCGAAGGCGGAGAAUUCGAAUCUCUCGAUACUUUCAUCGACAGCUUCGACGGAGAGCCAUUACCCUUUGGCCAGUUACAACUGGAAGUACAUGCCUUCCGAAGCGAGACUGUCACAGAUUUCGCCAAGUUCUUGAAAUGGUGGGAGAAGCUUGAAAGAGCGGGAUUGAGACCGUUCUUUUCCGAGCCGAACUUGGUCUAUGUGAAUCUGGUCAGGGGCGUUCGACCAGAUCUGAUAGAAUAUUCUUUCAUUAACAUCAGGGGUAACCACGAGUUGGUAUCCGACGGAUUCCUUCAUCACCAAAAGUAAUGACAAAUAUUGUAUAAUACAUAUACAUUUUACAUAGGACACUACGCAUUUUCUACUGUACCCAAUACAAUCCUAUCACAUUUGAACCAC